AAUCGAAACACAUAAGAUUUGAUGCGGUAAGACGAUAAAGUUUUAAUCUUUGACCAUUGUAGAUUCCUCUGUUUCUUGGGUAUUUGAUUGAUCGGUUAAUGGAUAACCAAAAAGGUUCUCUCUUUCCCGAUGAGGUUAUUCUCCAGAUUCUUGCAAGAUUACCUGUUAAAUCUCUCUUCAGGUUCAAAUCCGUUUGCAAAUCUUGGUACAGAUUACCUUCUGACAAAUACUUCACUUCUUUGUUCAACCAAGUCUCUGUAAAAGAACAAUUACUUGUGGCUGAAGUAUCAGAUUCUUCAAGUUUGAUCUGUGUUGAUAAUCUGAGAGGUGUUUCUGAGUUAUCAUUGGGUUUUGUUAGAGAUAGGGUGAGAAUUAGGGUUUCUUGUAAUGGUUUAUUGUGUUGCUCUAGCAUUCCUGAAAAGGGUGUUUACUAUGUUUGUAAUCCGUCGACUAGAGAGUAUAGGAAAUUGCCUAAGAGUCGAGAAAGACCCGUUACUCGGUUUUAUCCAGAUGGUGAGGCAACUCUUGUUGGCUUGGCUUGUGACUUGAGUAGGAAUAAGUUUAAUGUGGUCUUGGCUGGUUACCAUAGGUCUUUUGGUCAGAGACCUGAUGGGAGUUUCAUUUGCUUGGUGUUUGAUUCUGAGACUAACAAAUGGAGGAAGUUUGUUUCGGUGUUAGAAGAAUGUAGUUUCACACACAUGAGUAAGAACCAAGUGGUGUUUGUCAAUGGGAUGCUUCAUUGGUUGAUGAGUGGUUUGUGUUAUAUACUUGCACUUGAUGUUGAACAUGAUGUGUGGAGAAAGAUUUCUUGACCUGAUGAGAUUAGAUGUGGGAAUGGUGGUAAUCGGGUUUAUCUAUUGGAAUCCGAUGGGUUUUUGUCGGUGAUUCAACUAUCAGAUGGAUGGAUGAAGAUUUGGAAGAUGAAUGAGUAUGAGACUGAAACUUGGAGUGUUGUUGAUAGCAUAAGUUUAAGGUGUAUUAAAGGAUUGGUACCUGGAAUCUUCCCGAUUUGUCAGACCGGUGAGUAUGUUUUCUUGGCUACUCAUAAACAGGUUUUGGUGUAUCAAAGACGAAGUAAGUUAUGGAAAGAGAUGUUUUCUGUAAAAGGAAGCUCUUCUCUCCCUUUGUGGUUCUCUGCUCACGCCUUUCGCAGCACCAUAGUACCCUGUAAUUAACAUGUUUGUGUUGC